UCUGAGCUGCGCUGCUCCCACUCCCCUCAGCUUCCUAAGGAUUUUGUUUCUCAGGGAUGGCCGCAUCUAUUCUGGAGGUAGGGAAUGUAAUUGAAGACGCACGCUAUGGCUCCAGUCCUCUGGCUAUGUUAACAGCUACCUGCAACAAGUUUGGCAGCACCAGCCCUGUCAGGGAUUCAGCUACACCCGGUAAGACUGCCAGCACCUCUCCAGUAAAGAAGCCCUACAACAUGACCUCUGACCUUCAGACAGCCAAGAACGGGCGGACCACAGACAGCAGUGGCCUGGCAGACUCCUACACUGGCUCCUUCACUUCAGCUGGAGGAGGAGGAGGUGGCGGGCUGCUUACACCCACUGGAAGUCCCCCUCCUUCAGCCGGAGGCUACACUACAGAAUAUAACCCUUUCUCUCACUCCUUCCAGACUUCGGUCUCACAGGACCCGUCUCUUUUAGUGUCCAAGGCCCAUGCUACAGCCGAUUGUCUCACCAGUGUGUAUACUUCGCUGGAUAUGACACACCCCUAUGGCUCGUGGUAUAAGGCUGGUAUCCACCCUGGCAUAACUGCUGCUCCAGCUAAUGCUACAUCUUCCUGGUGGGAUGUCCAUCCCAACUCCAACUGGCUGUCAGCAACCCAGCCCCAAGCAGAUGGAGGUCUGCAGGCCUCCCUGCAGCCUGUGGCACCACAGGCAUCCCUUAGCCCACAGCUGCCCAGUUACAGCACCGAUUUUACACCACUUAACCCAGCUCCUUACCCCUCCGUGGGACUGGGCUCCUCCUCACAUCUCCUCCAACCUUCCCAGCACAUGCUGCCCCAGGACAUGUACAAGCCCAAACCUGUGCCAAGUGCAGGGCUAAUUGAGAAUCCCAUGGGCCUAAAGCCUGCUAGGGGAUCAGGGGGCUACAGCGGAGGGGCUACACCCACCCGGUCUUCAUGCGACUGCCCCAACUGCCAGGAGCUGGAGAGGCUGGGAGCCUCUGCUGCAUCCCUGAGGAAGAAACCAGUGCACAGCUGCCACAUCCCGGGCUGUGGGAAAGUCUACGGCAAGGCCUCCCACCUGAAAGCCCACCUGCGCUGGCACACCGGCGAACGGCCCUUUGUUUGCAACUGGCUGUUCUGCGGGAAACGUUUCACCCGCUCUGAUGAACUGGAGAGGCAUGUGCGCACCCACACGCGGGAGAAGAAGUUCACCUGUCUACUGUGCAACAAGCGUUUCACACGCAGCGACCACCUCUCAAAGCAUCAGAAGACCCACGCAGAUUCUGCAAUGCAGGGCAAAGCUGUAGCUGUGGAGGGAGACGCAGAUUCUCGGAGCGAAGAGACCACAGAGCUCAACUCCAGCGCUGUACCUACCAAUCCUGUCGCUGACCAAAUCACCAACGGAGAUGAGAAGACUGGCACGCCUAACGGGGUGGAGAACAGCAGUGGCUUGUUGGAGAUCUGA